AUGAAAUGGAACUGGCUGACAAUUCUUCUCCUAGUUGAGCUGACUUGGUGCAUCUCACGGAAAAAGACGAGUGCGGCAGAGCGCGUUUUCGACAAAAAUGAUGAUCUCGAUUGGGCUAGGCCAGAUGAGGACCCAGAAGAAGAACGACAAACAUCAAAGAAAGACUUGAUGCCAACGACUGAGGCAUCGCAGAAUCUUGACACUACUGAGACUGCCGCUUCAGCACAGUCCACUGAGUCUAUUAACGAGAAGCUGGAAGAGAACACUCCUUCAGAAACCGUAGUUGUAAGUGCGUUGUUGAUCGGAGCUGACUCGAUCUGGAAUCUUACGAAGCAAGUGGAAGAAGAAUUUUUGUCAUCGCAAAGUGAUUCAUCUAAUAGAACAGUGCUAUGGAUCGACGCUAGCUAUAAAGCCGAGGACUACAAGCUAAAUACCACUUUGCUUGCUGAAUGCCAGAAGUGGAAACGUUUUUGGAGUCUAAACCGAACCGAGGAGGAGGAAGAGAAGAAUGCGACAUCAUCAGCGGAGGUGGCUGCUGAGAAUUUGCUGAAGGAACUCAAGGAAACCGAGUUGAUCAAAGAUAAGAAAAAGCUGAAAAAACUAGGUUUAGACGAGAAUCUCUUGAAGGAAUAUCAGGCAGUUGGUCUAGUUUACAAGGAAAUUUGUGGUGACCAUGGACGUAUUCUAUGGUUCAGAGAUACGGCGGAUGCUAAAAACAUUGGCAUUACGGAAGCGUCACCGAUUUGCGAACCUUUCAAGGAAGAUCUCACACCCGAUCUGGACAAAUUAGAACUUUUGGCGAAGACUUUGGACGAACUAAUACAGAACUUCACGCUGGGAAUAAUACCGCAAGUCAUCUCUACUUCUGUGCAAUCCACAACACCGGAAGAGACUGACGACGUGGUUGCGACUGUCAAAGAUGACCAUUUGGAGGAAACCACAGUGACACUGCAAGGAUGGGACGUCAGGACACACAGAAGAGGGGACGGGAGCUUAGAUUUUGGAAAGUUACCGGGUGUAAGAAGGUCGCAUCCACCAGAAGACGAAACCUCAUUUCUGUUGGUGAAAGAAGCCGCAGAUCACAUCGUGAAUGUAGAGGAAGUUGGUAAAUGGCGAGCGGUCGAUGAAAGACCAGAAGAAACAAAAAAGAUUUGGACAUUGGACAAUGCUAUCGUAGAUGGACCGGGAGACUAUCCUGCAAAUAUCGCCCAUCACUAUAAAGCCGCACCCCGGUCUAAACGUGAGGAGAAAUCAAUAAGUAAGAAGAAAACGGGAAAGAGCUUUGAUGAUGAUGACGAGGAAUGGCAGUUAACCAUGGCAGGUUCGGUCACUGAAAGUCCGACCGAUGAAGAAAAGAACGAUGGUGAUGUGAAGAAGGGAAACGCAUCUAGUUACAAAUGGAUUGAAAUAGUUCACACCGAGGAAGCACACCCUACACUUCUGCUGUCAACAGCGGAGGCCGUCGAAGGUCUAUCGCUAAAAAUUCCUUCUGAUGCACUUCAUCGUUUCGAGAAGAUCGGCCUCUUCCUCCCAGGUAUUUGUGCCGACUAUGUCCCAAAAGCCAUCGACGAGUUCAACAGCAGCAGUUUUGCAGGUGUGGAAAUCGAGGGCCCAAUUGGUGUGAAUAUUACCGCACUGGAAGCUGCUGGCGUAAACUUGACUGCUCUCGCGGAAAAACUACGGAAUGACACCGAAGUAGAUGAGAUCCUGAGCAGAACGAAUGCGUCGACAAAAACCCUUGGUGGCAGUUACAUACUUCCGGUGCUCAGCAAAAAUCAGUACGAUCCGUUCUCGGCUCCCAUUGUGUUCCAAGGUAGCGCAGUUGUUGUUCGUUUCGGGAUCUACAUCGAGUCAAUGUCGAAUUUCCAGACCUCGACAAUGGACUACGACAUGGACAUCUACUUGAUGAUGUCGUGGAGAGAUGCUCGGCUUGUCACUCCUUAUGACAAGCCAAUUCUAGUCAAAGAAGAAGAAAUACUCGAGAAAAUCUGGCGACCAGAUCCUUUUUUUGCCAAUGCCAAAGAAGCAGAAUUUCAUGAGGUUACCUUUCUGAAUUUCCUCAUGCGUAUCUUUCCGGAUGGUUUAGUACUGUAUGAGACAAGGGUCAAAAUAAAACCGUCAUGCAACCUGAUUUUGUGCAAAUAUCCACACGAUAAGCAAACUUGCGAUCUACUGAUCAAGUCAUUUGCGUACCCCGUUGAGACAGUUCAAUUCGAAUGGUUUACUCGCAGAGCAGAUGCUAUCGACAAAAAUCCUGAUGUCAAACUACCGGAACUCUACAUCGACCGAUAUGAGCCAACUACAUGUACAAAAGCUAGAAAAUCAGGUGCCUUCUCAUGCCUUCGCGCCGUGUUCCGACUCAAACGAGAUGUUGGAUUUCACAUAGCACAAACGUAUAUUCCAACGUCAUUAGCGCUGAUGUUCUCUUGGGUUGGUGUCUGGUUACCGGAAGAGUUUAUGGAAGGACGCAUUGGCGUAGCGAUUACCGUACUACUGACGCUUUCGACCGAGUCUGCUGGUGCAAGAGAACAUCUGCCCAGUGUUUCCUAUUUAAAGGCAAUCGAUCUUUGGUUUGGCUUCAUCACAGGAUUUGUAUUCUUUACUUUACUACAAACUCUCUUCGUCAUUGGUUUCGACAAAAGAGCGAACCAACUUAAAAAAUGGGCUCUGAAGGGAAAAUCUGAUAUGACUGAGGAUCAGCGAGAUAUGAUGAUGCAGAAAGCACAGAGAUACCAUAAAACCGGCCGGUACUUGGACAACUUCUGCCGCGUUUUCUAUCCCUUAAGUUUCUUGCUGUUUCUCAUAAUGUAUUAUUUUGUCUUUACCGAGGGACGCCAAGACGAUUGCAUCAGUAGGCGUUGA